GUUUAAGACCCGAGCAGACCAAGACCAUAAACAACAAAGAUAACUAUAGCAAUACAAGGAAGAGAAGAUGGCAAACGCGAUGAGGCUUUAGAGGACUCGCCUUAUCAUCUUCAAAUUGGGAGAUGAUCUGCACGUGCUGAAAGGCUAUGUAUGGCCUUUGUAGUUGUACAGUCAGCAAAAAUUCUUUACAUCUGAAGAACAGGGAAGAGUAAUAUCAACCUAUCUGGAAAACCCAAUUUGAGGUUAGACAGCCUGUCCUCUCGUUAUUUUAAACAACAUCGGCAUCUCGUGUUCGUUCGUGCCCAUGCGAUGAGAAAAAGUGCAUCAAAAAGGCUGCAAAAAAGGUAGAACUAGAAAAUAGAGCUUGACUACAACAUACAAACCCAAUGCUGAACAUCGGUGGUCGUGACCUGGCAAAAACGUAAACAUCUUGAUGCAGUUCUCAUUAGCUGUAUACAAGAACUAGGCUUUUUGAUGUUCAUCUUCACGGCUGAAGUAGACUUCGUUUGUUCUUGUGGUCUGAUACCGAAGAAGAACCGGAACUAAGUACCCCUAGGCGUAGUGCUGACGAUCUCAGUUGUGACUAUCAUCUUCUACUAUCUGUAAUCAUCCGCUGGCAUCACGGUGUUUACUCGGAACUGAAAUAGACAUGUUACACUUAGAGCUGUUAGAGCAUCGUAUUUUAGCAAGGCGUGAGUAAACUAGAGCUACAAGAACUAUAACUGAUAAAAAAAAACAAAAUCAUGGCCGGCAAUGGUAGUCCGCGAGUGCGGUCUCCACUGGGGAGUCCGCCGCCUCCGAGUCCGAGUCCUUUUUUAUGGGUAGGUCGAAGGUGUGUCUGUUGCCGUUCGUUUUGCCUUUCUGAAGGGGGAAAGGCAUGACGAAUGGGGUAAACUACUUAACACCAAAAGCCUCCCUCUAACUUUUGGCGCCAGGUCACCCGCUCAGGGGUCGCCAUCAAUAUUCAGGUCGCCAUCAGCCGGCGGACCCUCAUGGAAUCCAGCGCCAGGAUCGUCGGGUAGGAGAAGAAGAGGCGGAAGAGGGGAAUAUAGAGGAGAUAUUGGUAAGUGUGUUGGAGAUUGCCGAGUAGAUUCACAUCAGCAUCUUAAGUAGAGCAUAGAAGGAACCCUGAGAUUUACUACAAUCGACAGCUAUCUAGACACAGCUGUAGCGCUGGAUUUCACUUCAUUGAAAGCAUAGAUAUAGAAAUUCAAGUUGAAAUGUAUCAGAUUUCCUUUUAUCUUAGGUAAACGUACAUAAGGUACUUUGUUUAAUAAUAUUAAUCCUUCUAGUAAUUGUUCUUCUUCCCAACUUUUACCCAUAGCCAUACUGAAGGUACCUUGGUCGGUUCUCUUUCUGCCCCAAGGCGAUUAGAUGCAGACUUUGCGAGAGAAGAUACAAUCGGCUCAGGCAGCCUAUCGGAGCAGAUAUCAGGCCAUUUGGGACCCUCCAGGAUGAAUUUGGAUAAACUACAGCAAACCUUCCAUAAGUUCAUCGCAGAGUGGCUCCCUGAGCAAGAAGGUAUUCUAUUCUUUGUCAACAUUAAUACAAACUGAAACAACCUCCACACCAGGACCAAAGAAACUACUUACGUACAACAACAUUUUUCACAAAUAUUGACUCAAACUCUUGGUUUCCUGCUCCAUCCGGAUCCGCCGUUCCUCCAUCAUCAUAAUCAUUAACCUUCCACAGCUGGCCUCGAGGGAUUAUAUUUGACGCAAUUGAAACAGCAGUGGGAAAGCGUGCCAACUACCGAUUUAGACAAACCCAUGCAUUUUCCGUUAGACUGCACACACCUUCAUAGUCAUAGCGCGGACUUGUACACACACCUUGUAUCGUUUCCGGCAGACAUCAUCUCCCUGAUGGAUCGAGUGGUACUUUUCAGGGUUAGCACCUGUACUAGGGUAACUACGUAGCUUUGUUUUAAAGUCAUAUAACCUGAAAUUGAUCACAAGGGUUCUCUUCUUGUUUUCCCUUAUGAUCCAACUCAAAUGUUACCAAAUACCAGAGCCAUACACUGACGAGCUUGAAAAACAUUAUACUUAUAACAUGUUGAAGUAGAAGCUCGCUCUGUUAGUGUUACCCUUACCUGCUCAAGUAGUGCUGCAUACUGACAUUAUAUUUAACUGAACAUGAUUGUAUCUGUAUGAUGUUCCACGACCCUUCAGCUCUGGGAAUUUUCGAUUGGAAUAUUGCGAGAGCGCGACGCUGGCGUCGGAACAGAUGAUGACGGGUUACAAAUCAAGUGUCGGGUGAAGACGUUUAAUCUCCUUGGACAGGACUAUAGAAAGAUGCGGGAUCUGGAACCUACAGACAUCGAAAAGCUGAUAUCGACUUCGGGUAUUGUCAUUCGAUGCGGAGACUUAAUUCCCGACAUGGCGGUAGCAAGCUUUGCAUGUACAACAGAAGGAUGCGACGAACAGACAGAGAUAGCAGUGCAGAAAUUUCGUACUUUCUUUGUCUUGAAGUUGUGACCGCAUGAUCAGGAGAAGCACAAACAUCAUGGUGAUUUCACAGUUUCUUAGUUGUAAGUCCAUUCCUGGCUUUCACUUUCUUCAGGUGUUUUCGAGCCCCAGCGUUGUGACGGAUGUGGUCAGUCAGGAACCUUCAUUUUGAGACACAAUCAGUGCCAGUUUGGGAACAAGCAGUAUGUGAAAUUGCAGGAGACUCCCGAAAGUAUUCCUGCGGGAGAUACACCGCAAACAAUCCAGCUCUAUUGUUUCGAUUCCUACUACGACAUGAUGAAGCCGGGUGACCGAGUGGAGAUCACGGGUAUCCUGCGUGCAUCGUCACAAAGAGCAAAUGCGAUGAUGAGGAGGCAAAGGUAGUACCUCCAAGUCCAAAUAUAUAAGUGGAAGAAUAGAAUCUCCUGUUUCUAAUUUAGCAAGUAGAAGCAGGAACAACUUCACUUUCAAAUCAUUCUUACAAGACUAAGACUGUCUACCGCUUUCGCAUAAGUCUGUCUACCGAACAUGUUCUUGUUCAUAUCUUUUUGCUCUUAGGUCUGUCUACCGCACGUAUAUCGACGCUAUUGCAGUUCGGCGAGAAAACACUUCGGACAAAGCGACCAUCAAGCAGGACCUUUUUAUUCCCUUGAGCGACAUGUACGACAUAAAUCCGGAUAAAGUAGGCGAAGAGGCAGCAGCGAUGAACAAGCGCAUCCGCGAACUAGCUGCCGAGAAAGACGAGCAUGGUUAAGGCUUGUUGUUGUUAUAAUUCAAUCUAUAAAAUAUACUAGCACAACUAGCAAGGAAGUAGAUUGAGAUCCCUGCUCAAUACAAAUCAUCCAAGGAAUACUAUUCAACUCCGCAUAUCAUUAUCCUCCAAUGUAAAUAUUUUAAUAGAUUCUUCAGAGAUCGUCCUCAUCAAGGUCAACACAUGGAUGAAAACGAGUACGAUAGGGAGGCCACUAGCUCCUCUAAUCUGAACGACUAGCGAUACGACAGAAGCUCAUCGAGUCGAUAGCUCCGAGUAUCCAUGAGCUGGAACAUGUGAAGAGAGGACUCGUCUGCCAGCUUUUUGAUGGGACACAAAAAUAUGGCCGAGAAGUGGAAGGUGAUGUAGUUCUUGCAUUCUCAGUAUUGGAUGUUGAAUUGGACAUUUCAACAUUUUUUUUUUGGGCGUAGUCGAAUUGGACAGCUGUCCUCUCUCUUCCCCUCAUCCUCUAACCCAAAGUAACCGCGGACAAAGCAUUGAAGAUGCGUGGCAGAUUUCGAGAGCAAAUACACGUCUUGCUUUGCGGUGAUCCUAGUACUGCGAAGUCUCAGCUGAUGACGCAAGUAAACAAACUCGCGACGCGAGGUGUGAUCACUAGUGGCAAAGGAAGCAGUGCAACCGGUCUAACGGCGUAUAUUAGCAAGGAUCCGGAGACGAGGUAGUUUUACCGAUAAUAUUAUAGAGGAAUGUAGUUGAUCUUGAUGAGAAAGAUUUAGAUUGAUAAUAUUGAGGACACCGGCGACACUCACCCUGUGACUGUCUUUGGAGAUAUACUAUUCAAUAUUCGUCUCGAUGUACUACAUCUUCUACAUUUUUAUUAUGACAGUGUAGAAGUGGUAGCGUCAGCCUGUUUUACAUCGACGCCCUCCUCAACACGAACAUGAAGGCAUUUCGACUGGAAAUUUCAUUCAUAUGUGAAUACUACACUUGUUGUUUCCUCUUCUCCAUCAACAGGGACAUCAUUCUCGAGUCGGGUGCUUUAGUGCUCUCUGAUCGAGGUGUGUGCUGCAUCGACGAAUUCGACAAGAUGGAUGAUAGCACAAGAGCAGUGUUGAAUGAGGCGAUGGAACAGCAGACGGUGUCGGUAGCGAAAGCGGGAAUAGUCUGUUCGUUGAAUGCCAAAGUUAGCAUUCUGGCAACAGCAAAUCCGAUAAAUAGUAGAUACGACGCCUCAAAAACCAUCAUGGAGAAUAUCAACUUGCCAGCAACCUUGACGAGCCGAUUUGACUUGGUUUUAUGGGAGACUCAUUUCUAGAUUACAACAAGAACCAUUACAGUGGAUUCAAUCAUGCCAUGACAUUGUCAUGCUCAUGAUGGUUCUUUUUCUUGAAACAUGUAAGUGUGAGUACGAGUUCUCUGUACUUCUUUUUCAUUGAUGAUGAGAUUUUUCAGACUUCUUAUUUGACCACCUUUCGUGCAUUUGUUUCACUUUAUCGUAUGAUAGGCACACUACACCUGAUGAUGUGUUGAGGUGUCCCAGCGCUCAUGAUAGGCGCAAGAACAAACACGAACCCUUCUAAUCCCUUAUCUCAUGCUCGACAAGCAGGACCCGGUUGCAGAUCAGCUCCUCGCAAGACAUAUAGUCGGCAUGUAUUCACAGUCUGGAAGACAGGCGCAGUUAAGACAAUGGCAGGAGCAUUCUCAAGGUCAUCCUUGCCUGGCUUGUUUUCCACUUGAAAAAGAAGCCAGGAAGUAGGAUUAUCCCAAGGAUGCGAGCGUGGUGCCUCUUCUAACACAGAGAGAAGCACCAAUAGAUCAGCACACGUUCCGUGCCUACAUCGACUUCGCAAAACGCAGAUGUCGACCAAGGCUUAUGCCGGAUGCAGAGGAAGAAUUGGAAGAACGAUACUUGAAUCUGCGGAGUGGUAGUGCGGCUGAGGGUGGGGUCUGCGCAACGCCGCGUAUGUUAGAGUCGCUGAUUCGAUUAGCAGAAGCCUUCGCAAAGAUGGAGUUGAGGGAAGAGGUAAUUUGUAUUUGACUUGUUCUUUUUGGGAGUGAGCAGCUGUUUGAUGUUGCAUGACUGUUUUUGAAUUUCCUCAUUUUCGUGUAAUAGAUCUGUAACUUACUUUAAAAAUUUGAGUUUUUCUUCACACGAAUCACGAUAACGAAUACUCAUGGUCACCAAGACACUUUUACUUGCUCAAGAACCUCCUAACACCACCAGUAUCUGUACCUCCUCAUUCGACCGACCAGGUAACCCGCGAGGACGUGAAAGACGGCUACAAUCUGCUGAAUGAUGCUACCUUCAAGAGUGCUGUCGAUCCGGUCACCGGAAAAAUCGAUAUGCAGGCUCUGAGAACGGGUAUCUCUGUGCGAGAACGCGAGUUAAUGGACGUUGCCGGAAAAGUGCUUACAGAAUUGAUCAAGGAAGAAUCCAUGAGCAUCAAGGAUGCUCAAGGCAGAGUCAAUGAGAUCUUGACAGGCAAAAAGAUGACCAACAUCCGCUACAAGCAUAUGUCAGAGGUCAUCAAAGACUUGGUGCGCGAUGGUACAAUAGAGCGCAGAGCAGAUAUGCUGUCGGUGCCUUGAAAAUUGAUAGUACUUCUGUUACUGUAGUACUUCUAGGUACUCGAGAAGUAGAUCAUAGAUAUAAGAAGUAGAUCAUCACUAUAAUCUUGUUCUAGUUCUUUUUUUAGUUUUGUUUCAAGAUCUUCAUGAUCAGGUAGUUUUUAAUAGUACGGAAACAUCAACCUAAGCUUACGCACCACUAACAAGAACACCUUCAAGGAUUCUACUUUAUUGUAUACCAGUUCAGACACUAGAAUCUAGUUAGACAGGAACAAGAUUUUAGCUCAGGGCCAUUUUAAGUAUGCCCAUCAUCCGUUUAUUAUUGUUUAUUUGCUUUCAAACUUUGCUAGUCGUUGUACGACAGAAAAUUAUGAUUAAUUUGUUUUGACACCAUCAAAAUCAAGAUCAAAGGACUAGAAAAGCGAUGAUUUUUUAUUCGCUUUCACCAGAUUUUAUAUAUUACUUCGUCGAUCAUCGUUGUAUUUUUUUGUGGAGCCUCUAAAUUCUAUUAUUCACUAACUACAACUUAGUAAAUGGCCCAUCGUGAAAAAGGCUUAGUGCUUAGUUGUUAGUCUACAACCUGAACCUCACAGGGGCACGCUGUGCCAAGGCCGUUUCGCUUUUCCAGCACUUUUUUUGAGACUCGCUGAUGUUGCCGAAUCAAUCUAAAGAUGAAGACCAAGUGGCAGUGUGAUUAUAGUGCCACUGAACAACAACACGCCUUUUUAGUUUUUUUUGUUAAAGGUACCAAUCGCAAUCUCUUACCAACCUCAAUCAAGACAACACUCAAGAAGAAGAACAUAGAUCACUACUGGUGGCCAGAAAUUUUUUCUGAAAUCUCCGAAUCCAAAUCAUCAUCAUUGUCACAUGCCAGUAGCAUGACAAAGAUCGCGGAGGGGCGUAUAACAAACAGGGCCGC